AUGGACUCGUCAUUGUACUACAGCUCGUCGCAGCGAUCCGGGUCACCCACACAGACCCGCACCAUCUUUCCCAAAGGCCCCGUCUUCAACCUCGAAGAUUUCUCCAGCAAGGAUUUCAUAGCCAAAGACUUUAUCGAAUCCCUCACCGAAAGCGCGCAAUCCACCGCUCGACGCUCGCAGGGCCCGCCCACAAACGCUCCUUUUGACCCGAAACCCCUCAUCCGCGCGUUUGAACAAGCCUCGCGGCGUCUCGACGAGCUCUCGGGGGAACUCGAGCAGCGGGAAAAUGAACUAUCCGCGGCAGUGAGGCGAGCAGAGGCAUCGCACGCCAGCAACACUGAGACGCUGGGUCGCAAACUCAACUCCACCAUUGAGAGUUUUCAAAAGCUGGACACAUCGCUGAAGAGCGACCGCGGCGAGAAAUGGGGUGGUAAUGUCGCCGUAGAGACGGGCCGGAGGAUAGAAGAACUCGACCGCCAGAGGAGAAAAGCUCUCGACGCGCACUUCUUGAUUGAGUGUUGGGAUGAAGUGAGCAAUCGCGGCGAGGUCACCCUACUCGAGAACCUGCGACGGUCAGGCACCGGCGAAGGCAAGAUCCGCUCCGCUAACAUCGCUCGCCAACUCCUCCGCAUAAGCCAACGUCUCGAUCCCAAAUCCCAUGGGGGACAGACCAAUGGCGUCGCGGGCAGCACGAAUCACGCCGGCGUCACCGGCACGCAGCAGCGAAACUUCAACACCCGCGAAGUCAUCGAGAAAUUCAUCGAGACACUCGAGAAUGACAUGCUCAAACUGUUCGACGACUUCUACCGUCGCCAGAACUUUGAGGAGAUGAAGAACUGUGCCAUCGUGCUGCAGGACUUCAAUGGCGGAGCCAGUGUCCAAGCCGCGUUUGUGAACCAACAUCAGUUUUUCAUUGAUCGAAGUAAUCUGGUGACCGAGGAGAUUGGGGGCGAUCAGGAGACGUGGAUUCGGCUGUCGGACCCGGACGCGGAGGUGCCAGGUGUUGAACCGGGAUUGCAGAGCUUGAUUGACGAGGUCAAAGUCGUGGUGCAGGAGGAGUCGGCCAUUAUCAAACGAGCAUUCCCCUACCCGGAACAAGUCCUGGGAAAGUUCGUGCAGAGGGUGUUUCAACAAUCGAUCCAACAAAGGCUGGAACUCGUGCUCGAGAAAGCAGAGUCAGAAUCCACGCUCGCAUAUCUACGCUCCUUGCAGGCCGCAAGAAGUUACAUCUCCCUCUUGGUCGACGACCUCAAAGCACAUGGUCUGACGGAACAUCCCGACUCGGUCACCUCCCAGACAUCUCAGCUCCUUGACCAACAACUCGACGAGCUUUUCACGCCCUAUUUCGGCGGUUCCGCAUACAUCGACAAGGAAAAGCACAACCUGCAGGAACUGUACAAGUCGUUACUCUUCAAAUUCGAACUCUUCCACAAUCGUCGCCAAAAGGAACCCAAGACGUAUCUCGCGGCCAUCCGUAACCGCGGCCAGGAGCUACUUGCGAGUGCGAGAGAGGCCACCGACGCGUACGUGAAGUCCUUGGACCUGGAGAAAAUGUCACCUACACAGAAGCGCAUCCUGUUGAGUGUCGCCGGCCUUAAGAAUGCCGACGACAAGUCCUCCUCGACCGACGUGGUAGAAAUCGACGAGGAGGACGGGAGACUACACGUGCAGUUCGCGAAGAGGAUGAUGAAAUGGUUGGCCGAGGGUGUGAGGCGCGGGUUAGAGUUGGGAGGAGGAAAUGAGACGCCCAAGGAUGUUGCCGCACUCCUGAGCCUGAUCCUGAAGAAUCUGCUCGAAAACUAUGUCGAGGUGUCGCUCGACGCGUCCGCAGAGUCGGCGAGCAGCUUUGAGUCCGCGAGGAGGGAGCCAGACCUGUCGUAUCUGGCCAACCUCAGAACGGCCGUCCACAUCACACACCUCGUGCAAAGCUGCAUCAAUACGCUCCUGAUCCCGCUCGCCAACUCGAGCCUCACGGCCCGUCGCGAAAUGGAGAAAACCACCCGCACGGCCAUUACACGCAUCGAAGACCAGAUCAACAACAUCGAGCAAUCGACCAUCGACGCGGUCCUAAACUGGACGUCGCGACUGCUGACGAAUCAGAACCGUGCAGACUUCCGACCCAGGGCCGACACCGAAGCCACUUCGCUCGAACAGCCGCAGACGAGCACGUGCGGCGACGUGUGCAGGUUUUUGAGCACCUUCCACGACACGGCCACGCAGAGCCUCGACGGCGCGAAUCUGAGCGUCUUGCUCACGGAAUGUGCCGUCGGGGUGCGGUCGCAGCUUCUGGCCCAUUUCACAAAGUACCAAGUCAACCGUAUCGGCGGGGUGAUGCUGGCGAGGGACAUGAGUCGCUACGUCCAGCUCCUGCGGAGUUGGGAGUUGGAUUCCACCGGUUCCGGGAAGGCAUUCAAAGCGAGUCUGGAGGUGCUGUCCGAAUUGGCGAGUGUGUUUGUGUUGCAUCCCGAUGCCUUGAAGGAACGGUUACGCGGGCCGGUGUUGGGGAAUCUGGGCAAGGAGAAUCUACGGCCUUAUCUGCUGAGGCGGGAUGAUUAUAUGGAGGUAGGAAUGCAGAGCUUACUCGCCAGUCUAUGA